ACCCCAUGUUUUAGUCCCGCCCUCAAUCCAAGGAACUAUCUGUAUGUAAAAAGCCACAAGUCACGGAAACCCUUAAUUGUGCCUAAAAAAGGCUGAGCGCACUUAUUCAAGCUGGAAGUAAAGGAUGCGUUUGAAGAAAGACAGUCGGCCAAGGAAAUGGGAUUUACUUUGGAAAAAGUACAUUAUUCAAACGUUUCUCUAGUGUUUGUUGGGGUGAAACACUUGGGAGUUUUUUGCUCAAACUUUGAGCUCUUUAUAAAUGCAUGUAUGGACACUAAGGGAGGCAAACAUGCGCAAAGGUCUGGGGAUAUAACUCUGUUUUCGUAAACAAUCUCAUCUGUUGUUCCUGAAGUUUUUUUGUCCUCCUCUCCGGAAAACACUGCCAAGCAACUUUUGUGGUUAAAUGGGGGCAUUGUAAGUUGUUUUCAGGGGGGUAAAGGCAACCACGGAUAAAGAAGGGAAAGAAAAGUGCGGACUAUUUAUCAAUGAACUGAGAGAAAAGCAAGAAAGACAAGUGGGAGGACAGGCAUCGCAAUGGCUGAAAGGGAGAUUGAGAGAAAAGCGUCUGUAUAUAGAAGCGUCUCUUUCAAAAAGUUGGAGAGCUGGAGCGCAAAGAAGCGCAGAUCAUUUGGAGAGGAUUUGGAUAGGUGCGGUGCCCUUCCCCCAGACGCCGUAGAGCACAGCGCGCAGCCAUCACAAGCGACGCACGCUGUUUCUGUAUCCAGAAAAGUUUCCAAAAUCUCAGCGGCCAGCCUCUCAACCGCAGACCUCAAGAAAGCGUCUCAUGGAAUAUCGGUUCGUGAGCUCUCUGAGAAGUUCAUUUUGAGCACAGCCGGGACACAGAGCUCCAUAGUAAACACUGGAAGCGUUAAAAACACAAAAAGUACCGAAGAUUCGUCUUUGAACGAGAGUGGCUGCUUAUCCAAGGAGUUUUCGGAGUCCGCGAAAGAGAAUCUUAGAGACAGUAACAGAUAUUGCUCUGCCCAAGAGUCUGUGUCAGGCUCGGAUUCGGACAGAGCAGAUAAACACAGGCUCCGGAAGACUUUGGGUGGCACAAAUACAGGGAGCCCAACAUGCAAAUCUCGUCGUGGCUAUCACCCUUCCUAUGGAGAGACUAUUCAUGUUGAUGCAAACUGGCCAAGCGUUACUAAGAUUAGAGAACUAUUUGGGGAUGGACGCAGAAAACAACAUGGAUCAUCUUCAGAUGCUGAUGACUUGAAAUCUGCCUGUCAACAUUUUGAUGCUAAAGAGGGCAUUUCAACUCCAGACAAAAGUGACAAACAGUUCCCCCACCAGCCAAGGGGAGCCUGGCAAGAUACAAUCAGCUCUCAUCAUGACAACAGUGCAUUGUAUGUGGACUAUUCAAACCCAGACUUCCAUACUUUAAGUGCUGAAAGCAAUUCCUGUGAGUUUUUGAAUUGUGAUUCUACAACUGCUCCCCCACCACACAGAGGAACGGGUGCUUUGCCCCUCAGGUCUCACCGUUGGCAGCUGCAGGAGCAGAGACAGAGGGCAGAGCAGCCACAGCCACCGGAUAGCUCGCAUUCCACGCAUAACUCCUCCCAACCACAGACAGAGCCCUCCAUAGAACUAGCCGGUACUCAGGGAAGACUGAGCUCUGGAGAAGAGGUUGAGGAGUUGAGUGGAUGGACAGUCGGUACCUUACCUCAAAACAAGCAUGGCACUAGGGCUAAGUUGAGAGGAAGGUCUUCAGGCAGUGAGGAGGACAGCCCUGCAGCGCUAGCUCACCACAACAGGGACGUAAGACGUCGCUCGCUGAGGAAAAAGAAGAAAAACAUGCAACAGGACAAUGAGGAGUCAGAUGACAGCGACAACCAGCCAUUAAUGAUGGAGCCUUGUGAUUCUCAGACGGUGGGCCGCAGGACUGAGGGUUUCCGUUCUAGAGUUUGUAAUGCGGGCAUGUCGUGGGCACGAGACAAUCCAUCUCAACGGUCUCAUAUGAGUAAGGACAGUUUUAGGCACCUAUAUAGAAAUUUUGAGGGGUCAGUCGGAACUAGCCCUGUUCCUCAGGUGUCACGUGUUUCAAAAGUCACCAUACCCUCAUUUAUAUCCAGUCCGUUAGGGUCAAGAAAUAGUAGCAGGUAUUCUAGCACAGAGACAUUAAAAGAAGAGGAUCAGCCAACCAACAUCCACAGCUUUAGCAGGGCAUCAUCAGCGGUUCUGAGUAAAACAUACCAUGGCAAUGCCACUAUGUACCGCUCGCCUAGUUUUGGACAUGGAGAUAACUUUUCCCGUGCCCCGGUUCGAGUUCGCCCUAAGCUUGUGCCCAGCCUAAGCCCAGCAGACUGUAAAACGGGCAGUUCAGAAAACAGAGUAUUCUCCCACUCCUUAAAUAAUGAAAAAGACAGGAACAGGAUCUCUAUGUCCAACCCUGACAUUGCCUCAGAAACGCUAUCGCUUCUUAGCUACCUUAAGACUGAUCUGUCAGAGUUAAGAAUGAGGAAAAAGGGUCAAGAUGAUGAGGACAAUCUGAACUCUGAUCAAGGCACAUCUGUGUACAGAAUGGGCUCCAGGACAAAUCGGCCGCACCCUGGACGCCCUUCUCUGAAGGAUCUCACUGCUACUUUGAGGAGGGCAAAGUCUUUCACUUACUCUGAGAAGCCAGGAGGACAGCAAUAUUAUGGUAGCGGGCCAGGUUUAAGGAGUUCUUCCGAGCAACGGCUAGACUCUGAAGGCAGUAGCGAACAGGUGGUGAUUGCUGACAGGGAGGUGGAGAGCGAUGACUGCAGAAGUACCUAUGGUUACGACGAGCCAAUGCCGACACCUCUACAAGACCGCUACGUACAGGAAGCCAGACAGGUAAUAAGAGACAUUUGUCAAAUGAGUGAAAGUAAGGAUGAUGAUUAUGAGGAAGACCGUUUCAAGACAAAAAGCAGUGACACUAAAAUAGACACUGUAAAAGAAAAUAAGGCAAAGCAGGAGGUGAAGAGACUUGAACACCCUGUAUUUACUGGGUGUAAGGAAGGGGAUGCUGAUGGAAAAAGUGAAAAAUGUUUACAGAAGGGAAAUUCAGAGGAGAACAUGUUCUGUGAUAAGUCAUUGGAUGAACUCUCUGGUCAUGAAUCUAGCCUGACAGAUGAAGGAAUUGUUACAGAGCCAGAGGUUGGCUCAUAUGGGGGGCUGUCCUGCAGUAAAGACUUGCUGGGUCAGACUCUCACCGCUUGGAAUCAGUCAGAGUUGUACGAUAAGCAGUUGCCUGAUACAACACCAGAGGAAUCUCUUUCAUCUCAGGUUCCAUCUGUUAGGACAGAGUAUGAGGGAGUAGCCAUAGGAGGAGACAUUAGCAGCAGUAAAAAUGUAAACCAAGGGGCCUUAGAGGCUCCGUCUACUCCUAGUGCUAUUCGCAGGCGAAGGAAAUUUUCCUCAGCUGGGAACAAUGGUUCAGACUCCAGCAAUGGCAGUAACGGAGAGUCGAACGGUGAGUCUGCAUACCGCUCCUUGAGUGAUCCCAUGCCUCAUAGACGUUGUUCAGUUGCAGAGGAUGGCGGAAAGAGCUUCUCCAUGGACAGCAACCUGCUCGGUUCACUCUCUCUAAACUCCAAGGUGGGUGGUGUGGAGUCCUCUGCAGCAGACCUUUCUGAAUAUACAGGCAGUGCAGCCAGUGACCUUUCCGUGUGUAGCGACAGCCUGAGAGAUUACAGUACUGUGAUUCAGAGCAUUGUUUGUGAACCUGGCGCAAUGGAUAAUCUUAUCGAUGAGAAAGUAAAUGGCAAGGCUGUGAAGAAAAAGAGCUUUAGUGACCCUAGUAGGCGUGGAGAAUUGGCAGAUACAGUCCUAGAAUUUCAAAAGCUUCCCAGCGAGCCAAUUAGUGAACUAGAACAAUCCAUACCACCUUCUAGCAGUGAGCCCAUCUUAUCUGAGCAAAGAGAUGAGCUAUGGGCACUGAAUAGUGAACAACGACAACUAUAUUGUCCAACCAGAAGGUCUCGUUCUCAGUCUGAGCAUGUUUUGCCCUCCCACCUUGGUCAUAAUGGAGAAACAAAAGCAGCAGGAGAGCCCUCCUUUCCUUUUGACCCUAAGCUAGCUCAGGUUUUGUCUCCUCGCAUCACUCGCAGAAGCCCCAAAAAACGCACAAACCGCUUUACCCAUCAGGUGUCUUGUGAUGACGGGGAUCAGUUAGAUGAACAAGGUGAAGAGCAGUCCUCUGCAUCCAUCCUCCCCCAGCUUCCAACCUCAAAGGUCAGACCCAAACAUGUGCGUCAUGCCAGUGAACCUGCCACAUUUGUACCGAUCAUUCCUUCACAUGCCCACAUAUCCCAGGAUCUCCAGAGGUCUAGCCAUGAGUCUUCACUGCCUGACAAAAUAGUCCCAGGGGAGGACACUCCAUCAUUAGAGGACGUCACUGAGCAAUACAUCUUGGCCAUGAACUCUGCAGAGUCCCCUGCGGAGACCCCAGCUGCCACUGGUGGGGUUAUUCUGGAAGGCACUACUUCCACACCUUCAGUUCCCACCACUGAGCCAAAACUGGAGAGGAAGUCCAGUGAGGAACUUCCCACUGUCCCUCUGAAGGCCAAACCAAGAGUGGACAUGAGAAGACAUGUGAUGAUGACUUUACUGGACACUGAACAAUCUUACGUUGAUGCUCUGCGCACGCUCGUUCAGGGCUACAUGAAGCCCCUCAAGCACCCGGAGAACUCCCCUCUCUGUGACCCGUCCCUGGUAGACGAGAUGUUUUACCAGAUCCCUGAGAUUCUAGAACAUCAUGAGCAGUUCCUGGAGCAGGUGCUGGACUGUGUCAACCAGUGGCAUGACAAACAGACUAUUGGACAUGUGCUCAUUCAGUCGUUUUCCAAAGAGAUCCUCGCCGAUAUUUAUUCAGCAUACAUCGACAACUUCAUGAACGCCAAAGACGCAGUGAGAAUUGCGAAGGAAGCCAAGCCUGCUUUCCUAAAGUUUCUAGAGCAAAGCAUGCGUGAGAAUAAGGAGAAACAAGCUCUGGGUGAUCUGAUGAUAAAGCCAGUGCAGCGGAUCCCACGUUAUGAGCUGCUAGUUAAGGAUCUUCUGAAACACACUUCUGAGGAUCACCCGGACUACCUGUUUCUGCUGGACGCCCAGAAGAACAUCAAGCGAUUGGCCGAGAGGAUCAACAAGGGCAGACGAAGCGCAGAGGAGCUGGAGAAGGAGACGCGCGUCAUGCAGGAGAUCGAAGCGCACAUUGAGGGAGUGGAGCAUAUCCUGAAUCCGCAGAGGAAGUUCCUGAGACAAGAGAUGGUGGUGGAAGCGAAAACGGUGGGCGGUAAGAAGGACCGAUCUCUCUUUCUCUUCAGUGAUCUGCUCAUCUGCACCACGCUGAAGAGGAAAUCUGGAUCUCUUCGCAGGAGCUCAAUGAGUUUAUAUUCCGCUGCUAGUGUCAUUGACACCUCGAGUAAAUAUAAGUUCCUGUGGAAACUGCCCUUAGAAGACAUGGAGGUGGUUAAAGGUUCUAAUCAAGCCACUAACAAAGAAAACAUCCAGAAAACCAUCAGCCGUCUGGAUGAAGAUCUCAGCACUCUUGGACAAAUAAGCAAGCUGUCAGAAACACUCAGUUUCCCCCAUCAGAGUUUGGAUGAUGUGAUAAAGGAUCUGAUGGCGUCAGUGCACCGGGAGCUGGCGGAGAAACAGUCUCUGGCUUUCAGCAUGACGUUACUACCCACUAAACUAGAGCUGACCACCGCUUCAGCCGAAACCACCUUCAUCUUUGAGUUCAGCAGCCCUGAUGCCCGUAGUAAUUUUGAGCAGGCGUUUGAGGAGGCCAAGAAGAAGCUCGCCAUGAACAAAGAUCAGUGGGACCCAGAGUUCCUGAAGGCCAUUCCCAUCAUGAAGACCCGCAGCGGGAUGCAGUUUUCCUGCGCCUCCCCCAGCCACAGCUGUCCAGAGAACACAUAUGAGGUUUGGGUGUGUAACAGCGAUGGGUAUGUGGGUCAGGUGUGUCUGCUAAACAUUCGAGACGAGCCCACGGUGGAGGCCUGCAUCGCCGUCUGCUCCGCUCGCAUCAUCUGCAUCGCCGCCGUGCCGGGCCUGAAAAACAGAGAACGUGUCAGUCAUUCCACGCCCUCCGCCCCAUCUGAGUCAAAUCCUACGGCGUCUACACAACCCCAGCUCCAUAUCUGCAUCUCUGGCUCGUCUCUGGAGCUCAGCGAGCCCCCCACAGUGCCCGCCGCAGAGCUUGUUCCUUUCGACAGCGAUGACACCGAUGAUGAAGACUCUCCCAGCCCUUCAUCGACACUGCAGAGUCAAGCCUCCCAUUCCACCAUUUCAUCCAGCUUCGGCAAUGAUGAGGCAGCUGUUUCAAAGGACAUGGCCACAGAGACCACCAGCUCCGAGGAGGAACAAGAGUUUCCCGUCCCCAACUCAUUCGGGCCCCCUCGGCUCAGUGCGGAAAGUCCCAUGGACGGCCGUGCCAUGCGGCGGUCCAGUCGAGGGUCCUUCACCCGUGCCAGCCUGGAAGACCUGCUGAGCAUCGACCCGGAGGCGUACCAGAGCUCUGUCUGGCUUGGGACAGAGGACGGCUGCAUCCAUGUGUACCAGUCGUCAGACAACAUCAGAAACCGGAAGAACAGUAUGAAGAUGCAACAUUCUGCUUCUAUCCUCUGUAUUCUGUAUCUUGACAACAAAGUGUUUGUGUCUCUGGCAAACGGGGAAGUGAUUGUUUAUCAGAGGGAAGCAGGAAGUUUCUGGGAUCCUCAGAGUUCUCAAACGCUGUGUUUGGGCUCUCCAAGCGGACCGGUGACCAAAAUGGUACCUGUGGCGGGAAAACUGUGGUGUGGCUGUCAGAACCGGGUCCUUAUCAUCAACACCAGCACUUUAAUACAAGAGCACUCAUUCCAAGUAGGUCAGGACAGCGGGCGCUGUGUGACCAGUAUGGUGAGCUACGGCAAAGGCGUGUGGAUCGCUCUGCAGGGCAGUGCUCAUGUGCGGCUGUACCACGCCUCCACCUAUGAGAGCCUCACAGAGGUUGACGUGGCACCAGCCGUGCACAAGAUGCUUGCAGGCUCUGAUGCCAUUAUCCGGCAGCACAAAGCAGCCUGUUUGCGGAUCACCGCUCUUCUGGCAUGUAAGGACCUGCUUUGGAUUGGCACCAGUGCAGGAGUGGUCCUGACUCUGGCCAUCCCACCAGUGUCCUCCAGCACUGGGCCGGGAACUGUGCGUGCUCCCCUCCUCCCCAUGGGUUCCGCCCAUGGCCACACCGGACACGUUCGCUUCCUCACGUGCAUUGAGCUGCCCGAGGGCUUUGACGUCAACUUCCCGCCGACGUCGGAAUCAGUGAACUCGGCACAGAACAACUCUGAGAGCAGCAGCGGAGGCCUGCAGAGACGAGACUCAGCCCGACGGCGCGCCUCCACCCUCCUGCCCGUCAAAUCCAACCUGCUGGUCAUCAGCGGCGGAGACGGCUAUGAAGACUUUAGACUGACCAAUAGCAGCGAGACGGUGGGACGGGACGACAGCACCAACCACUUACUGCUGUGGCGCGUGUAACGGACGCCCCGCCCCCACGACAAAAGCCGCUGGACAAGCCCACGCACUUCCCCCCGAAACCCCCGCCCCUUCCUGUUCUCUAAUGCGUUGUGUACAAGCGUGUAACACGUCAACAAAUGGGGUGUUUGUUUUUCGUUACGUUGUGUUAUGUCAUUUUGUUUCUUGGUGUGAAAUAUAGAUCUCGCUUGCCAUGUGGUGUUUCCUGUGGGCGCUUUUGAAUAUUGUGUUGAAACUUUAGAAGCAGCUUUAAAAGCGGACAGAGAAGAAAAAUUGAUUGUAAAACCCCUCGCAGGGAAGAAGAGAAGAUCAUUAGAGAGAGAAAAAAAAAACAGGAACAGGUGAAGUAAGAAAGGAAGAAAGAAUUGUUCGGUUGUUGUUGGGUAGAGAGAAGGUUUGAACGCAUCGCACGAGGCAGGAAGGAUAUUGUGGGUAAUGUGUGGAUGGAUGUACAGAGGGGAAAGACGAGUUUUUUUCAUCCUUCACUUUGUCCGCACACUUUUAUGGUCAACUACUGGUCUCGAAAGACUGUGAUUUGAUUCGAGAAUGAAGAUGUUUUUGUUGAACCUCUCAUCUGUGCUGAGAUGAGAGUUUAUCUUACGUAACCAAUGUGCAAUAUAAGGCUAGAGUACCUACAAACCGCUAUACCACACACACACAUACACACACACACACACACACACACACACACACACACAC